UUAGUCGUGUUGGAAGCUCAGUGAAUGCGGCUACAGAAGGAGCCAGCACACUCAUGCGACUAACACGGAUGAUAGCCUUCUGUCUUACAGGAAGGAGAAAAGACAAGCUUGACUUCAUCUACUUUACAUCUCCACGAUUUCCUCGAACCGGAUUUUUCUCUUUGUUGUUUAUGAUCUUUUCUUCUGGACCGAAGUUCGUUUUUAUUCCUUUAUCAUCUGAACCGAUGGGAAUGAGAGAAAAGCGCGGAGUUUCCUGCUCUUCAGUUGCACCGCAGCCGACUGAAGGCUGAAUAACUGCAUUAUUCAUUUUUACGCACCGGUAUCUGUUGUCCUGACCCGUCUCUCUCGUUUCUCUUGGUGCAUCUCCGGAAGGAAACUUCGAUUACAUCGUAGCCGUUUUUUGUUACAUCAGUCCUUUGUACGCAAAGAUAUCCAUCAGCUGGAUGAAUACUGAAGGAAGCAUCUUUCCACCGCCUGCAAAUAGACUGUUCUGUCUAUAGAGAAAAUAACUGUUUCCUACCAAAAGCUACCGGAUUUAUACAUCCUCGUGGAAAAUAAUACACUGAAACACAAAACCUGAUGGGAGCGUUUCGCCUGCUUUUGUCCUCAGAAGCAUUAUACCAGUGCGCAACUUUGCUCCAAACAAGCCAGCGUUUAUUCAGUGGAUCUUUGGCGGUUGCUGAGCCGAGCUGAAGCCAGGGGAACACUGUGAGCCACCCCACCCCCCAUACUUGUCCCUGCCCAUUUUCUUCCCCCAGCCGUCCUUAACAUUAAAAAGCAAACAAGUCCAAAAAUGAAUGACUUAUUUGACUGCAUCACCGACCGCCUUGCGCAUUUUUUCACGCGUUGGUUUCGCCAGACACGCCACCAAGGGGUGUAAAAGCUACCUGUCUCUUCCGCGGUCGCGCAUCCUGUUUUGCCUAUCUUGUUUUCUGUUUUUCUCCAAUCUAUUCCUGUGCCAAAUCAAUGCUCUCCAAUGGAGGUAGCGCAUUCACCGUGGGGACCGAACGACCAGAGGGGUAAUUUUACCAAGCAAGAGGAGCCCGUCAGUAAAAGACGCAUCGGGUGAAAGAGACCCCCCCCUCCCCAACUCAUCUCUGCCCCCCGCAUUUCCGUCUCAAAUUGUGUCAUAUACAGGGUUAAAAUACAGUAGCCUAGAUGAGGAAAUAGAGGCUGCAGAGAUCUUUUUGCGCCUGUAACUAUCUGCAUUCUAUUCAGCUGGGAGGACUGCACGCCUCCAUCCAUGUCUCACCCAUGGUGCCCCGUGUCUCCAGAAGGACCUGCCAUUAUUACCACCUCAGCUUUGAGUUACUAAAUGGUUUUCUUGGGGAGGAUUUCUAACUGGCGAGAUGCUGCUCGUAUUCCUGCUGGCAGCUUUUUCUUCUUCCAUCUCUGGGUCUCUCUCCUCCUCCCUGUCCUCCCCCUCCAUAUCAGAGGGAGCCCCGAUGACAGACCCGUCCGCCUCGGACUUAAUGGCUGAGACCUGCAGCGCCUGCUCCUGCACAUCGGUGGAAAACGUGCUGUAUGUCAACUGCGAAAAGAUUACUGUCUACCGACCCACGCAGCUCAUCCCACCAGCCUCAUCUCUCUACCACUUGAACUUCCAGAAUAACUUCUUAAUCAUACUCUACCCAAACUCAUUCCUCAACUUCACCCACGCUGUGUCACUGCAGCUAGGAAACAAUAAACUGCAGAACAUCGAAGGUGGAGCUUUCAUGGGGAUGAGUGCAUUGAAACAACUCCACCUGAACAAUAAUGAGUUAAAAGUGCUGCGAGCAGACACCUUGCAGGGCAUAGAAAAUUUGGAAUACCUUCAGGCUGAUUAUAAUUUGAUAAAGUACGUUGAAAAGGGUGCGUUUAACAAACUGCACAAGCUGAAAGUUCUUAUACUGAAUGAUAAUCUCAUACAGUCACUUCCUGAUAACAUAUUUCGCUUUGCCUCGCUCACACACUUGGACAUUAGAGGGAACAGGAUCCAGAAGCUUCCUUAUCUAGGAGUUCUGGAACAUAUUGGGCGCAUUGUGGAGCUCCAGCUGGAUGACAACCCUUGGAACUGCACAUGUGAUUUAGCACCUCUCAAAGCAUGGCUUGAAAAUAUGCCCUAUAAUAUUUUUAUUGGUGAGGCCAUAUGUGAAACACCAAGUGACUUGUAUGGGAGGCUACUGAAAGAAACCAACAAACAAGAACUUUGUCCAAUGGGAACUGGAAGUGACUUUAUGCCACCUGUGCUGCCUGAGAAUGGGCAGCUGCCCUCAAAAAUUUCUCCAACCACUAUGGUUUCCAUAGCCACGAAAACACCAAAAACUACUGACUCAUCUAAGAUUUAUGGUAAUGGUAUUGUUGCGGGUUUGGCCCCAUUUGGAAGAAAUAGCCAAAUUGUUUCCUUUCAGACACGGACCCCUCCACUGCUGUGUCCACAUCCCUGCAGCUGCAAAGCUCACCCCUCUGACUUUGGCAUUAGUGUUAGUUGUCAGGAAAGAAAUAUUAAAAAUCUUGCUGAUCUUAUUCCCAAACCUCCAAAUGCCAAGAAACUUCACUUAAGUGGGAAUUACAUCCGCGACCUAAGCCCAGCUGAUUUCCAGGGAUUCCAGGGUUUAGAUUUGCUACAUCUUGGCAGCAAUCAAAUCAUCACAGUCCAGAAAGGUGUGUUUGCUAACCUCACUAAUCUGAGGAGACUGUAUUUAAAUGGAAAUCAACUUGAACAGUUGCACCCUGAAAUGUUUUUGGGCCUUACAAAUCUUCAGUAUCUAUAUUUGGAAUACAAUGCCAUAAAAGAAAUCUUAUCAGGCACAUUUGACUCCAUGCCAAAUUUACAACUUCUGUAUCUCAACAAUAAUGUUCUGCGGAGUCUUCCUGCCUAUGUGUUUGUGGGUGUCUCUUUAGCUAGACUAAAUCUGAAAAACAACCACUUCAUUACUAUGCCAGUGAGUGGUGUCUUGGACCAGCUGCGGUCACUGACUCAAAUAGACCUGGAAGGGAACCCAUGGGAGUGUUCCUGCGAUUUGGUCGCCCUCAAAAUCUGGCUAGAGAAGCUAAGUGAUGGAGUGGCUGCCAAAGAGGUCAAAUGUGCCUCCCCAGUGCAGUUCGUCAACAUUGAGCUGCGCCUCUUGAAAAAUGAGAUCCUGUGUCCUAAGCUUAUUGCAAAGCCCCCAUUUAUUUUCACUAACCCAACCCCUAUUUUGACCUCUGUUUCGCCUGCUGGGGUUGGCAAAGCCCCACCAGGAGGGCCUGUGCCUCUCUCAAUUAUGAUCCUCAGCAUUCUUAUAGUGCUUAUCCUUACAGUGUUUGUGGCCUUCUGCCUUUUAGUCUUUGUCCUGAGGCGGAAUAAAAAACCAGUCAGCAGACAGGAGGGACUGGGGAACCAAGAGUGUGGCUCUAUGUCGUUACAGCUCCGCCGACAUAGCCACAAAUCAAGCAAGAAAGGUUCUAUCCCAGGAGAUGAUCUAGGAGCCGAGACUUUUAUUCCUCAAACCAUUGAGCACAUUGGUAAGAGCCACACCUGUGGGAUUGGACGCUCCUCAGAUAUGGACGCUGGCUUUAAGUUUGCAGACUCGCAGAGACAGAAAAUCAUCCUCCGCAACAGUGCUGACAAGGAUAAAGACUCGCUUUCCACCCUGGAGCGCAACAAACGUCUUAGCACCAUCGACGAACUCGAGGAAUUCCUCCCCAGUCGAGAGCCCAGUAUGUUCAUCCAGAACUUCCUGGACAGCAAACGAGAUUUCAACAGUAUAGGGAUGGGCGGGUACGAAAUACGCUACCCGGACAAAAUGCUGGAUAAAAAGAUGAAGAAGUCAUCCCUGAUAGGCGGGAACCACAGUAAGAUCGUGGUGGAGCAUAGAAAAAGUGAGUAUUAUGAGCUUAAAGCCAAGCUCCAAGGAACACCUGAUUACUUGCAGGUGCUCGAGGAGCAGACUGCAUUGAGUAAAAUUUAGGAAUUGUUGGGUUUGAUUUAGUGCAUUGAUCACACAUACAUACACGAACAGGCAGACAGACAAACUCAUCUACCUUUCUUUGCUUCUUUCUCUUCUCUUUAGCCACACAUCUGCAACCCCUACCGCCUAGAGAUCUUGCUUUCUGUCUUCAUCUUUCUUUCUGUCUCUUGGAACACACAUACAUACACACACACACACACACUCCCACACACAGCAAAAAAGUGCCUUCUGAAAAUCCUAAAUGACUAAUGCAGCGAUGGACAAAAUGGCUCCACACUACAAAGCUAUUAGAAUCAGCGUGGAUGUAUUUUACAGUAAAAGACUUUUUGGAUUAUCCAUGCCACUACAUGUAACAAUCCCACAUAAAUACAACAGGACACCCUAAAAAGCAACCAGAGAGUUAUGUUUUUUUUUUUUUUGCUGCUAUUGAAAUGGGUACUCAUCUUUUUUGUUUUCUUUUACCAACCAAAUCAAAGGGUGUUGAAAACAGUGUUGAGAAUAUACCUCACCUUCAAUCCUUGUUUAAAACAAAAAAAAACAAGGAAAAGAAAAUUAAGGGGGAAGCCUUGGUUGUUGCUCUAUUGUUCUGGAUUGCUUUCAAUGGAUGCUACUUUGCUUUCUUUUUUAAAACUGAUUUUAAUUCAUGAGGAUAUCUAUUUAAUCUCGGGGAAGAUCUCUGGAGUCAGCUGCAGACUCGCUGCCAUCUUGUGUGGAUUACACACCAGUAGCAGUGCACCUGCUAUUUGCCACUUGGCUAAACAGCCCCGUUUACCGUUCAUAGGAAUUGGAGGCACAUGUGAAACUCUUUUGAUUGAAUGAUUUCAUGACCUGUUUUUUGUGUAGAGAGCCAUGUUAAAUGUCUUCUGAAUGGAGUUGUGUUUCUCUUUCCAAAAUUACUGCUUGAAGUAACUAUGUUUUGGGUGAAAUCUAAUGGCACAUACACUGUCAGAGGACGUUGUUUCUGAAAAAUGACAAACCCGAGGCUAAAAAAAUUAUAAAGCUGCUUGCCAUGUAAGCGUAACCUGGAAAUUUAUUUUGUAAGUCUUACAUUAUUUGUAUCUAUAAGACUGGUUUGUAAAUUGCAAGGAAAGACAAGCAUCAUACAUACACACACACACAUAUGACAGAGCAUUAUCAAGAGACUACAAUCCAGAUUCACACAAACCAAUAAUACAAUUAAAUCAGUGAUCCACCUCUCCUUGUCAGCUUUCAAUUCGUAGUAAAAACGACACUGUUCAUUUAUUUUUCUAUGCAGGAUUACUUAAAGAGAUAUUGGGUUUAUUGAAAAAAGAGAAAAACACAAAGAAUAGUACUAGUAAAAUAUACCAGCGCUAUUUCAGGUGGUGAGUCCAUUAAAAUGUUUUGGUUUCUCUCAGAAGCUGGGCCCGCUUGACGAAGGUGAUGAAACAUGAGCCGAGAUGUUUCUUUAUGUUGUUCGCAUGGCAAGUUGAGGCCUGAUAGAGUCUGUGACAUUUUCAAUAGUAGGGUUAUUAUAUUUCCCACAGUAUGUUGUAAAAGGUUUCUUAUUAACAUUAUGCAACCAAAAGAAAUGUGCUUUAAACUUGAUAUGGUUUUGGUUCUAGUUGAUGAGAGUAUGAAUAAUGAUGAAGGCAAAGUAAGGCUCUACAUUGUCAUAUUUGGACAGAAUCAUUGUGCAAUAUUAGCAAAACUGCUCUUUCAUAAUGGCUUCAAAUAAGUUUGUUUAAUUUAUUUAGUUUCAGCUUAUAUUGUCAAAAUAGGUUUUAUUUACCUUACCAACGCUAUCUGGUCCUUAUCUAAAAGUAUUGUUAAGUUAAAAUUAUAAGUGUUUAUUGACAUCACAAUUGAAUAGAAUGUAUCUUGGAAAGUAUAAUAAAUACAAUUUUCUAUUGGUCAUAAUUCUCCUGUAUAUUGGUUUGAUUUUCUUUUGUAUAAUCAUGUUUAAAUCAAGGUAUUAAAAUCAGCUCCUGUUUGCA